AUGCCUGGGGGGAACAGCGGGAGUCACGAUGGGCACGGGCAAGGGCGGGCCGCGAGCCGCAGGCCGUCACGGAAGAUGGGGCGGCCCCGGCGCGGGCGCCACGAGACAGGCCUGGGGGGAGACGGAGAGCGGGGGUUGGGCGAGGCACGGCUGGAGGAGGCGGUGAACCGAUGGGUGCUGAAGUUCUACUUCCACGAGGCGCUGCGGGCCUUUCGGGGCGGCCGGUACGGGGACUUCAGACAGAUCCGGGACAUCAUGCAGGCUCUGCUUGUUCGGCCCUUGGGGAAGGAGCACACCAUCUCCAGGCUGCUGCGGAUUAUGCAGUGUCUAUCUCGUAUAGAAGAGGGGGAGAAUUUGGACUGUUCCUUUGAUAUGGAGGCUGAACUCACACCUCUGGAAUCAGCUAUCAAUGUGCUGGAGACCAUUAAAACGGAGUUUACUCUCACAGAGGCAGUGGUAGAAUCCAGUAGAAAACUGGUCAAGGAGGCUGCUGUCAUCAUUUGUAUCAAAAACAAAGAAUUUGAAAAGGCUUCAAAAAUUUUGAAAAAACAUAUGUCCAAGGAUCCUACAACACAGAAACUGAGAAAUGAUCUGCUGGGCAUUAUUCGAGAAAGGAACAUCAUGCACCCAGUAAUUCAGAACUUUUCCUAUGAGAUCUUCCAGCAGAAGAUGCUGCGAUUCCUAGAGAGCCAUAUGGAUGAUGCUGAGCCCUACCUCCUCACGAUGGCAAAGAGGGCUUUGAAAUCUGAGUCAGCCUCAACGUCUUCGUCCUCGUCUUCAUCAUCCUCUGCCACCACUUCAGCCAACACAUCUGUUGCCACUUCCGACAUGGCUCCACCUCCCUCUGCCAGUGCCACAGUUCAUGCUGCUACUGUUGCUGCUGUGGGUGAAGGGCCUGGGAAUAUGAAGGAAAACAGACAGGAGCCCAUAGACAAACCACUUCAAGAGCCUAUGAGACCAUUACCUGAAAGUCCUGCCACAUUUGGGAUUUCAACUUUGAAAAAAGCUUUUAAGAGCCUUUCUGAUUCACAAGAUCCUGAUGCAGCUUUCACUAAAUUGGACCAGAAGGAUGUUAUACUUCCCAGACCAGUGUCCCCGUCAGCAGCUCUCAAAAACAAGAGACAGAGACAAGAGGAGAGUUCUCCCUCAGAUUCUGCAGAUAACUCUGAACUGCAGCCCAAGAAUAAGCGUAUGACAAUAAGCAGAUUGGUUUUGGAGCAUGACAGCCAGGUCAGCGAGCAGAGUGACAGUCCGGACUCCUCCCAAGAGACCAUUGUGUCUUCAGCCUCCAACUCUACAGUCCUGAAGCUUCACAAUCAGCCCCUUUCUGGGGAGAAGAGUCACAAAAUACACAAAGACAAAUGGAACAGUUCCAAUGGUCUUGAAGAAAAGGAUACUUGGUUGGAAGAAGAGGAACUUUUUCAUGUCCAGGCAGGAUCAGAUGGAAACAACACUUCAGUCUCUGGAACAAAAAAGCAGAAGUGGACUGUACAAGAAAGUGAGUGGGUCAAGGCUGGAGUGAAAAAAUAUGGGGAAGGAAACUGGGCUGCAAUUUCCAAAAAUUUCCCCUUUGUUAACCGAACAGCUGUGAUGAUCAAAGACCGUUGGCGGACCAUGAAAAAACUAGGAAUGAACUGAAACGUCUUUUAUUUUCUCAGAAUUAAUAGGGGCAUGUCUUCAAAUAAUAGCCCUCUAUUCCAUGAUUUCUUUCUGAAGUUGAGCUGGGGUAAUGAGAGUUCUGGGCAGCCUGCUUCUUUGGUUGGGGAGGUCCUUGUCCCAUUUGUUUGCUGUCAGAAAGCUUAUGGAGUCAAGAAAUAGAAGGAGAGCCCCAGCCCAGCCUUCUUGGCAGUGAUGACUCAGUUCACGACUUGGAGAGGACCAGGAGGCAAUCAGCUUCCUCAUUCUCUUGUGGUUUAAAUCAGAAAUGAAGCCCCGAGUUGGUCAAUAGAAACAGAGUUUGUUGGGAUGUCCCACCCCCUCCCCAGUGAGAGCGUCCUGAAGUCAGAAGUGUGAGUAUUAUUUUGAAUGAACCAGCCCCAGGCAGCAUUUUUGCUGAAGCCAAGACAAAGAACAUCUGUCACAGCCCAGGUGGAAGAGAACUGUGUCUGUUGUGGAACCAAAUUCCUUUAAUAAAUAAAGUUUUCACCAGUUGUGAUCCAUACCAAGCCCUUAAACUGCUGUGGCAUUGGUUCUUCUCUCCUGGGCCAGAGAGGCAGAUUUGAUCCUUGAUUCCCAUGUGGCUGAACUGGUGUGGUUGUUUUUUGUUUUUGUUUUUGUUUUUUUCCUUUUGUAAAAUUGUGUGUUGUAGAUGAGCUUAGUCUUUCCCCUUCUACUCUGGACUCUGGAAGCUUUAAAAAGCCUGACUAUAGCACUUAGUUCUGUUCUUAGUUUGUGAGAUGUUUGCAGCUGCUUGAUUCUCCUCAUUGUGCUUCUAAAGGUUGGUGUGUCGUCGCACUGGAGCCUACCAUUCCUUCUGGCUCCAUUUGUAUUGUUUUGUGCUUGCUGUCUCUCUUGGACACCCUUGAGGAAAUGCCUGAAGGUCUCUUAGCCACAACUUUCAGUAAAAUGUUUUCUGUAAUCUUUUUUUAAAAAGGUGAAUAGUAAUUAUUGUCCAUUACUUGUAGCACACUUCAUUAAAAUACUGUUUCC